ACAGCAAAACACAACCAGCAGCGUUUACAGCUGAGGGAAAGCUUGUGGUCAAAAUGAUUUUCAGCUCAACUGAAGACGGAUUUUGGUGCUGUCUUUAACAUUGCGGUAAACUUUCAAAUACACGCCUGGGAUUUUGGCAACAUGCAGACUCAGAUUGUUGGCUUGUGUUUGGCAAUCAUCGGCUUUCUUGGCACCAUCCUUAUCUGCGGGCUGCCCAUGUGGAAGGUGACAGCCUUUGUUGGUUCAAACAUCAUCACCGCUCAGGUCUUCUGGGAAGGUUUAUGGAUGAACUGUGUGAUCCAGAGCACGGGCCAGUCACAGUGUAAGGCCUAUGACUCCAUUCUGGCUUUACCACAGGACCUGCAGGCCUCCAGGGCUCUGAUCUGUGUCUCCAUCGCUGUCAGUGUGGUGGCUAUCGGGCUCACUGUGGUCGGGGCCCGCUGCACCAACUUUUUUCAAGACGACUGGCUGACCAAAGCCAACGUCGGCCUGGCUGGAGGUGUGGUUUUCAUAAUAGCAGGGCUCCUGUGUAUAAUUCCUGUCAGCUGGUCAGCUUACAGCAUCAUCACAGGUUUCUACAACCCACUGGCCACCAGUGAGAGGAGGGGAGAGCUCGGGGCUUCCAUAUAUGUGGGUUGGGCGUCUGGAGCUCUGCUCGUCAUUGGAGGAGGGAUGUUGUGUAGCACCUACAGAUGCUGAUGUAGAGAAGAAGAGAGAGAACAAAUGAAGUACACGGUGCCAUCCAUCAAACCCAUAUUGUGGUUGAAAAUGCAUAGUAAUGUAUGGACAUGGACAUGGACAUGUUUAUUUGAUUUAACCUUUUUUUUUUUUUUUUUUACAUUUUAUUCAAGCUUGGUGUUUGUGAUCCUUUUUAAAGUGAAGAAUGAAAAAAUGAAGACUGGUUGAGCUAAUAGUUGUUUUUGAAACUCCCAUGCCACUAAAGAACCUUUGAAUUUGAAUUUAAUAGUUGUGUUAUUUGACACUGUAGGAUGUUAACUGAAAAAAUGUAAAAAUCUCACUGGUACACUUUGUCACUUAGACUAACUGAACCAUACGUUUGCUAAGUUAUAUAGUUAUUGAGCAUGUUUUGUAGACAAAACUAUUCAUGUUUUUAUCUUUGUAUCUUAACAGGCCAAUAAAUUCACUCUGUAAAUUUAUGUUUUUGAACAGAAAUCC